AUAGACUGCCACCUGAAAUCUAAAUGAGUUGCUAUCCCCCUCUCCCACAAAAAAGGGAGGGCAGGUAGGCCAUUCCAGUCAGGGUUUCUCUUUCCCUUAAGCUAAUGAUGAUCAAAACAACUGACAAACUGUCACGGAAUCUGCCAGACCUCACCUUGGCCUUGCCCCUUCUCCCAAUCUCCUGAACUUUUCCUCCUUCUUUUAAGCUCUGAGCCCAUUCUUAGCAAGCUACCAGGUCCUAUACUCCUGGUCUGCAGCCAUCCUAAGCCUAUUGGGCUGUGUUUCAAGUGCCUGCUUCUGCCCUGGUGGCCUGAUGACAGAGCUUAAUGGAGGUAUCUUCCAAAUCCUCCUCCAACACUGACCCAGACAACUACAUUGAAGUAAAUGAUUUGAUCACCCAGAUACCCUCUGAAGUUCAGAUACAAGAUAUUACUAAGGAUCUACACUGUCUAUUGUGUAAUGAUUGGUUUCAGGAUCCACUGAUGCUAACCUGUGGCCACAACUUCUGCCAGGCCUGUAUUCAAAACUUUUGGCAGCAGCAAGCAAAGGAGACAUUCUGCCCUGAGUGUAAGAUGAUAUGUCAGUAUAACAACUGUGUAUGCAACAUUGUACUGGAGAAGCUGGUAGAGAAGAUAAAGGCGCUAUCCCUCCUGAAGGGCCAUCCACAGUGCCUAGAACAUGGAGAGAACCUGAAACUGUUCAGUAAGCCAGAAGGGAAGCUGAUCUGCUUUCAGUGCAAAGAUGCUCGGUUGUCUGUAGGGCAGUCUCAAGAGUUCUUGCAGAUCCCUGAUGCUGUCCAUUUCUUCACGGAGGAGCUUGUUAAGGGUCAACUGGAGACAGCCAUGAAGGAACUUCAGUCCCUGAGGAACAUGCAGAAAGAUGCUAUUGUCACUUUUAAGGAAAACAAGCGAUAUCUGCAACAACACAUCUCCUUGGAGUUUCUAAAGCUGUAUCAGUUUCUGCAAGACAAAGAAAAGAACAUUUUAAAUGAGCUCCAGGAAGAGGGGAAAGCCUUGAAUGAGGAGAUGAAGAUGAAUCUGAACCAGCUUCAGGAACAGUGUCUCCUAGUCAACGAGAUGUUGAAGAGCAUCCAGACGCGGGUGGAAGAACAAAACUCCUUCGAGUUUCUCAAAGACAUCACACCUUUCUUGCAGAGCUUGGAGCAAGGAAUAAGGGUGCUGACACCCAGAGAACUUAUUUCCAGAAAGCUGAACCCAGGCCUGUACAACGGUCCCAUCCAGUACAUGAUGUGGAGGGAAAUGCAGUCUAUUCUCUCUCCAGGCAUAUCUCCAUUAACUCUAGACCCUAAAACAGCUCACCCAAAUUUGGUGCUCUCCAAAAACCGAACCAGUGUGUGGCAUGGUGACACUAAGCAGAUAAUGCCUGAUGAUCCAGAGAGAUUUGACUCAAGUGUGGCUGUGCUGGGCUCAAAAGCCUUCACAUCUGGAAAAUGGUACUGGGAAGUAGAAGUAGCAAAGAAGACAAAGUGGACAGUUGGAGUUGUCAGAGAAUCCAUCAUUCGGAAAGGCAGCUGUCCUCUAACUCCUGAAGAAGGAUUCUGGCUUUUAAGACUAAGGAACCAAAAUGAUCUAAAGGCCCUGGAUUUGCCUUCUUGUAGUCUGAAAUUGACUGACAACCUCAGCAAGGUGGGCAUAUACCUAGAUUAUGAAGGAGGGCAGGUGUCCUUCUACAAUGCUAACACCAUGAUCCACAUUUACACCUUCAGUAGCACUUUCGUGGAAAAACUUUAUCCUUACUUCUGCCCUUGUCUUAAUGAUGGUGGAGCGAAUAAAGAACCAUUACAUAUCUUACAUCCACAGUAAUUAGUCAUACUAUUGUGUAAAAUCAGAGCAUUAUUAAAGAAGUACUGAAAUAGUU